AUGGAAACCGUGACGAAAGAUGACCUUGCUCGUCUGGUCAACGCGUCAAAGAACGCAUUGAUCGAGGCCCUCACUUCCGCCACGGCCAGUCCCACUACCAUCGGGAUUUAUCGUAUGAAGUCUGAGAUUAUGGUCGAGCAAUGGACAAAGUACCCACAACAGAUCAUGAACCAAUUCGGAGGUACCGGUCCAAUAGGGUGGAAAAUGCAACGACUGCUUGAUUGGGAUCAAGCCGCUUCAGACCUCGCCACGGAAAUUGUUGCUUACGAGCAGUCUUCCACGCAGCGUUUCUCUAGAUACCUUGACAAAGGCAUCAAGUACGCCAAUUACGUUUCCAAAGUGGCCAGUCAAUUCGACGAUUUCUUUUACGCGUACAAGGACGUUUAUACGGGAAUCACCACCAUCUACGAGGCGAAUCUAGAGACGCCGAAGUACACGAAAGUCUUGAAGGACGCAUUCAUGGAGUGGUACGACCAACACGUAAUGAACGACCGAUUUCUGCGCAAAAGUGCCCGCGAGGGAAUGGUGGAGUUUCUGCGAGAACGUCCAGAUAUGAUACUGUUGCUAAACUUCAUCCAUGCGCUGCCGAAGCUGAAGAGCGAAAUUCAAGAAGAUAUUGCGCGGCCUCUAGCCGUUGAGGCCAUGGAGCUCUCUCUGUCCCUAGUUCCCCUGCUAGGGAAUGCCAUCGCUUUGUAUGAGAUCUGGUCGGGUAGAGACCUGUUCGGUUAUCACUUGUCUGACCUGGAAAGGGGGAUCAUGGCUGCAUCGGUGCUGCUGCCUAUGGCAGGUCGCCUCGUGAAGGGUGGACGCGCUCUCUAUACAGAAGCUCGUCUGGUGAAGCUGUAUGGCCGAGAUGCAGCUGGCUGGAACCGCGCCAUUCGAUCGUCCGCCCGGGCUGCAGAGCAGCGUUCGUCGUUGCGCGCAAUCAAGUCCGCUGAGGAUUCGCUGCGCGUCAGCGGCAAAUUGGAAGGGGCUGUCGCUAAAGAAGCAGCAAUAGCAGUUCCCAAGUUGUUGCAUUCACCGGGUAACCUCGCUGCAUCCGUGAGCAAUGAAGUCAAAAUCCUUUGGGAAGCUAUGUCAAAGAAAUAUGCUGCGUUAAAGGGACUUGACGAGAUUGCCUUACGGAGGGUUCUGGAGAAGGGCCCAAAUGUAGACCACCUCAAGGGUCAACUCUUGGAAGAGCUUGCUGAAGCACACGUCAUCCCAAUGCUUCGCAAUCGCCAAGGUGGCUUUGCGCUUGGAGUAAAAGUUCCAGCCGGAAAAACGUUGGAGUACGUUCCAGGACACGCAAUUCGCACCGCGUCGGGAAGAGCUGGACGCCAAGUCACCGACGGGAUGGUAGGAUAUUGGGACAAAGAAGUGUUCAAUAUUGUAGCAAUAUUCGAAGCCAAGAGCGGUAGAAAAGGAGCACGAGAGCUAAGCCUUAAAACCACGGAUAUUGCAAAGUUAGGCAAAACGGAAAGGGACGAGUUGAGAGCGUUUGCGAAAGAAGUUUGGGCUGAAGAGAAAGAGAUCGCUGAGGAGGCUGGAAAGAGUUAUACCAGAACAGUUGAGGAGGUUGAGAAAGAGGUAAUCCUGGAUGAAGCAGGGGGGCAAAUCCGGCGAGAUAUUGAACGGCUUGAUGAAUUGGGAGACGGCACGUUAGCUCAAAUUCGGAUUGGAUCCAAUGUGCAUCCAGUUAAACUAAGUGCAACGAAGACAAAAUUCUUUGGAAUAGUUCCGAAAGGCGUUCGCAUCAGCCUCCUCGAAAAGGAGGUCAGGGCAGAGGGGUUUCUAUUUGAAGCCAUUGCUGUUCCGGUGCACACCAAAGAACUUCAGAAAAUCGCCGAGGAGAUGGUUCAGCUAGCGGAAAGGCUGGUGCAAAAA